UUUGGCAGUCGCUUGCGGUUGCCUCCACGUCUUUGCUCUGCAUCGCCUCGUCCUGCCUUCCCCUCACCCCUCGUCCCCGAUCGUGCGAGUUCCCGCAUCCCUGUCACCAUGCGUCUGCUCCUCCCUAUCGCUGUGCUCCUCUCCCUGCUGGCCCUGGUCCUGGCCGCCGAGAAGAACGUCAAGAUGGUCUCCCGCGAGGAGAUGGACCAGCUUGCCAAGGAGGCCGACGACCAGAUCACCUUCCUGACCCCCGAGACCUUUGCCCCUGCCGUUGAGAAGGGCGUCUGGCUUGUCUUUUAUGGCGCACGCUGGUGCAAGUACUGCAAGAGGCUCACUCCCCGCUGGCUCAAGCUCCAGCGCAAAGUCGCCGACGUCAAGCCCGACGACUUUAGUGUCGCCAAGGUUGAUUGCACUGACGAGUCAGAUUUCUGCUCAAAGAACCAUGUUGAGGCUUACCCCACCAUUUACCUGUACAACAAGGGCAAGCUCGUCGAGGAGUACACUGGCGAAGUCGACUCCAAGUCGCUCAUCCGAUACGCGCUCGAUAAGGCAGAGUACUUUGCUGCUAUGGAGAUGUACAGACGAUCCAAGAACCGCCACGAGGAGCUCUGAGCGGCUGCCUAUGGUCCUGGAUCCUGGCUGGGUCUAUGCACACGCGAUCCAUCCGUUGUGCAAUCUCGCUCGCACGACGAUUUGCUCGGCCUUUCACUCGGUCUAUGCGCAAUAUAGUCCCCGUCUCAAGUA